AUGUCGAACGAGAAGGGUUAUGAUAUUGAGGCAGCUCUCUUGUAUCCGUCUAUGGAAGAAAACCCACAGCUGCGGUGGGCGUUUAUUCGGAAAGUUUACGCAAUCCUCACCGUUCAACUCAUUGCCACAAUCGUUGUCGCUGCCUUUGUCGCCGACCACCAAUCCAUUGCUCUUUUCUUUGGAACCACUUGGGCUGGCUGGGCUGUUUAUGCAGCCAUCUUAAUAGCUGUUAUCAUGGUAAUAUGUUUGGUCUCUGCUCUCAAAGACAAGCAUCCCAUCAACUUCAUUUUGCUUGGCAUAUUUACACUCUUUAUGGGGCUAUUUGUUGGCCUUGCAGUUUCAUUCAUUAGUGCAUUGGUAGUAUUAGAGGCAGCGGCCGCGACACUGGCCGUGGUGGUAUGUCUGACGUUGUACACAUUUUGGGCGGCGAGGAGAGGUGAAGACUACAGCUUCCUCAUUCCCUUCGUGAUUACCAUUGUCAUCACUCUCGUCCUGCUUGUCAUAUUCCAGAUCUUUUUCCCAUUGGGAAAAAUCUCAACAAUGUUAUACAAUGGGCUUUUCAUACUCCUCCUUUGUGCCUACAUCAUAGUCGAUACGGAUACUUUGAUCAAACGCAACACCUACGACCAAUACAUUUGGGCUUCGAUUACACUAUACUUGGACGUCCUCAACAUUUUCUUGAGAUUCUUACGAUCAUUUAAAUCUGCUAAUCGUUAAUAGAGAAAUUGAUUGUAUCUGCAUUGUUUCUAGUUUGAUAUGUUGCACUGUUU